AUGUACACCUGCUGGGCCUGCAGCAGCAGAGCAGCAGCAACAGCAGGAGGCCCCUGCGAGCCCUGCGAGCUUUUCCUUGCUGCUCUCACGCAGCAGCAGCAGCAGCAACAGCAGCAGCAGCAGCAGCAGCAGCACGAGUUUGCAGACUUGACUUUAGAAAGUCUGGGAUCGUUCGAUCCCCCGCUGCUGCAGCAGCCCCACCUGGUGUACGUACACCCCAGCGGCGAGCAGGGGCCCCUCUUCAUCCUUUCAGACACUUCAGAAGAUGAAGAAGAAGCAGCAGCAGCAGCAGCAGCAGCAGCAUCCGACGCAGAAGCAGCUGCUGAGGACGCAGCCAGCGGCGUGGCUGCCCCGAGAGCAGCAGCAGCAGCGGCGUCCGCAGCAGCAGCAGGAGCAGCAGGCGCAGCACCCAAAGCAGCAGCAACAGCAGCAACAGCAGCAGCAGCAGCAGCAGCAGCAGCUCGCACGCGGCGCAGCACGCAGCAAAUCUAUGAAAGAGUUUCUCCCUCUAGGGCUGUUCGCUACAGACUUUUUAAGCUGGCGCUGCUGCUGCAGCAGCAGCCUGUUGCUGCUGCUUCUGGCUGCUCUGCUGCUCUUUCUCGCUCCCUUGCUGCAGCAGGACUAGAGCUGCCUGCUGCUGUUGGUGCUGCUGCUGCCGCGGGAGACGAAGACGCAGCAACAGCAGCAGCAGCAGCAGCAGCAGCAGGAGUCACGGCGCUGUACGGAUCUGGAGCAAAUGCUGCAGCAGCAGCAAAAGUCAUUGGAGUGCUGCUGCGCGCUGUAGCACCUGGGGCACAAGUGCAGGGGGAUUUGCUGCUGCUGCUGCUGCUGCUGCAUGCGCGGCUAUCUACCUCAGGCAGGCAGCUGCAGCAGCUGCUGCAGCAGCAGCAGACUCUGCAGAAGCAGCUGCAGCAGCAGCUGCAGCAACGACGUGCGACCCGAAGACGUAGACGCAAGCAACCACAGCAGCAGCAGCAGCAGCAGCAGGAGCAGCAGGUGUGGGGUGCAUGCACAGCUGAGGCUGCAGCAAGCAGCGAGAGCGAUUCGCCUGAUAGCAGCAGGAGCAGCAGCUGCUGCAGCUGCAGUAGCGGCAGCUGCUGCUGCAGCAGCAGCAGCAUCCACAGCAGCGGAGAGGAGAGCGACAGCAGCCGGAGCACCCACAGCAGCAAGAGCAGCAGGAGCAGCAACAGCAGCCGCAGCAGCAACAGCAGCAACAGCAGCAGCAGCAGCGACUACGCCAGGCAGCAGCUGCAGCAGUGGUCACGAGCAGCAGCAAAGACACAGGCAGCACUUACAGAAGCUGUUUAUAAAGCCCUCGAUGCUGCUGCUGCUGCCACACCUAGCGCCAGAGGCAGGGUGCUGCUGCAGCUAACAGAUUUGCUGCUGAGAGACGGAAAAGCAGCAGCAGCAGAAGAAGAAGCAGCAAAGAAAAUAGGACUGUGGCGCAUGCAGGCGGACCCACUGGUUGCUGCUGCUGCUGCUGCUGUUAGAUGUGCGCGAGCAGCAGAAGAAAUCCUCACGGACCUGCAGCAGCAGCAGCAGCAGCAGCAGCAGCAGCGGCGGCGGCGGCGGGCGUCCACAGGAAUAAGCUCGACGGAUGCAGCAGCAGCAGCAGCAGCAGCAGCAGACCCUACUGAAGAUGAAACGGAAGACGCUUUGCUCCGUCUUGUGCAGUAUGGGCUGUUUCCGCCGCCGCUGCUUCUGCAGUUUCAUUUGCUGCUAAACCGUAAGAAGGUAGUAGCCGCAACAACAAAGUCAGCAUCCGCAAGAUCAGCAGCAGCAGAAGCAGCAACCGUAACAGCAGCAGCAGCAGAAAUAGCAGCAGCAACAACCGCGGCAACAGCAGCAAAAGCAGCAGCAGCAGCAGCAGCAGCAGCAGCAGCAGCAGCAGCUGCGGCAUUUGUACAGCUGCAAGAGUGUUUGGGAUUAAUAAAUUCUUUCUGUCGGCGAUUUCCUUCAAAUCCAACUUUGGCCGAAAUAAGGUCCCUCAUAUUGCAACAAAAGCUGCUGUUGCUGCGACAGCAGCAGCAGCAGCAGCAGCAGAAGGAAAGGGCUAGAAAGAGGCAGCAGCAGCAACAGCAGCAACAGCAGCAGCAGCAGCAAGGCAUCUUGCAGGCCUAUUUAGAACAAGAAGAGGAAACAGAAAUCCUGAAAACACAGUAUUUGCUUUUUUUGUCCGUCCAAGAGGUGAUAAAUUUGAACUGGUGA